UCUUUUUUCCACAACUUUCGUUGCCUUGCAAGACCGGCAUCUUUUGGAUUGAAAUUCGUUAGUCUUUAAAUAGCAUAACUAGAAUCAUGAAGCAUCUAUGCUCUAGUACGAUUGAAUUCACUCCAGAUAUUCUUUCUUCAGCACAGUUUUGGUUUAGUCCAGUUUUGUGAUCAAGCUGGCCGAACUCCAAAAUUGAAGAACUGCCUCAAACAGCCAAACAUUGAUCUCAUUCUCAGCUGUAAACAGAAAAAAAUGGCAUCUUUUUCAAUCGCUCACGCUUCAUGCAGGCUCCUAACUCCCUCUCUUUUUUCUACACUCCCAACAACAAGGUUGUUCAGGAAUCCUGCUUUGAACAGCCCAUUCCCGACUCCGUCUUUUUCUCAGAAAAAUUCCUCAUUAUUGCUUUCCUCAAAAUACAAAACCCGAAUUGCUUGCAUGUCAACAACCACAUCUCCAGUCGGCAAAGAAAAUGAAAGGCUAAGUGGCCAAAAUGAGAAAGUUGUGGAGGUUUCAUCUUGGAUUGAUUACUUACCCGAAGAAGUUCAGCCUUUGGCAAAGCUUGCUCGCGUGGAGAAGCCCAUCGGUACAUGGUUAUUGAUUUUUCCCUUUGCAUGGUCAGCUACGUUGGCAGCAUCCAGUGGAAGUCUUCCUGAUUUCAAGAUUUUAGCUCUAUUUGCUUCUGUGGCUCCACUUCUGAGGGGUGCUGCUUGUACCAUUAAUGAUUUCCAUGACCGUGAUAUUGAUAAAAUGGUAGAGCGUACAAAAAUGAGACCAUUUGCAAGUGGUGAUGUCACACCAUUUCAAGGACUUUGUUUUUUUGCGUUUCAAUUGCUUUUGAGUCAUGGAAUUCUCCUCCAACUCACCAACUAUAGCAUGAUCUAUGAGGCUUUAUUCAUCUUCCUAAUUUCUACCUAUCCUCUCAUGAAGAGAAUGACAUAUUGGCCCCAAGCCUAUUUAGGUUUGACCAUCAACUGGGGAGUCUUAUUCGGCUGGCAUGCAGUUAAAGGAAGCUUACAACCAUCUGUUGUCUUCCCAUUGUUCAUUUCUGGUUUUCUCUGGACUCUUUUGUACGAUACCAUAUAUGCUCAUCAGGAUAAAAAAGAUGAUAUCAAAAUUGGUGUUAAGUCCACGGCCCUGAAAUUUGGGGAUUCAUCCAAGGAGUGGAUUACUGGGUUUGCAAUUGCAUGCAUUAGUAGUCUUGCUCUUACGGGAUACAAUGCUGCAAUAGGGUGGCCAUAUUAUGUGUUUCUAGCUGCUGCAUCUGGACAAUUAGCUUGGCAGAUAGGGACUGUUAAUCUGUCAUCCCCAGCGGAUUCCGGUAGAAAGUUUGUGUCCAACAAAUGGUUUGGUGCCCUUAUUUUCAGUGGGAUUUUAUUGGGAAGAGUCUUCCCUUAAAGCUGUAUGCCUAGGUAUCAUCAGCUGCUAACCAUUGGAAGCGCGAGGCUGUUGCUGUAAUGACUAUAUGGUUCCAAAUUUGCUGAGUCUCACCCUUUCUGAACCAGGUUGGAGUUGAAAAACGCAUAAGACAUUUAUGUUUUGUAAUUAUUUCAAGUUGGGAUUCUCUGGUCUUUUUUUUUUGCUUUUCUUUUUGGGUGCAUUAUCUCUGGCUAUCGGUGAGUAAUGUUUUGGAGAAAUUUGAAAAUAAUUUCUACAACUUUUGUAGAAGCGAAAACCAGUUGUUUUUUAUUUGACAUCGACUUGCUAAUUAUAUA